UACUCCACAUCAUCAUCAGAGCAAAAUAGGCCACAAUGGCGGAGAAAGCCAACCCGAAAUCCGGCUGCUUCACGACGGUUGUCCGCCGUCUAUUGUGCUCCGGUAGCCAACAAACCCAUCCUUCCGACAACAUUCCCGACGCCGAAGUGCCCUUCGAGUUACACUUCGAGGAGGAACCGAAGAAAGACCCUAUUCCCGAAAACGACGACGUUUCGGUUGAGCCCUCCGGCAGCUCCGCCAUCGCUCCCAACGUCGUCGCUAAGCUCAUGGGCCUAGGCGACGUACACGAGUCGACCCGUGUCCGGUACGAUGAGCGUCCGGGUUCGGUUACCCGAAGCAAGUCGGUUAACUUCAUGGAUUACAUCCUGAGAAUCGACGAAGAAGAGGAGGAAGAGGACGAGAAAGACGGUCAACGAUGCCGGCGAGUCAAAGCCUCGGUUUCUUUCCGGGAGAUUCUGCCGAGUUCGGCCAGAUCGAAAUCGAACAAUCAGAAAAGGCACGAUUUCCUUCUCUUGUAUCUUGACAAGCUCGACGAAAACCGAGAAAUCGGGUCGAGGUCGAGAAGGUUCGAGAAGGUGAUUGAGGAUCCAAAGCCGAAGGGCAACAAAGACGACGAGAAGGAAGUGAUCGUCGUGGCGGAGAAGAAGGAGAACAGGAAGGUGGCGAAGAAGUUCAAAGACGAGCCGAGAAAAGCAGUGAAGAAGAGCGAGAAGCGAAGUGACGUGAGAGCCAAGAAAGUUCGUUGGUUUCUGUCUCCGUCAAAGAGUAAGGACAAGGUGUCGCUGAUCGGCGAGCCUAAGAGCCCAUCGCCGGCGCCGGAGAUCGGAGAAUUGGCCGGAGAAGGGAGAGGGAGCAAAAGGGUCGCCGGAAAAGAGGGAGAUGCGGGGGAGAAGUCGGAUUCGAGUCCGGUUUCGGUUCUUGAUCGUGAUCUCUAUGAUUAUCUAAUCCUGGAUGACGACUACUACUCAGGGGACUGCGAGAUGACACCGGAGUGGAAGCCCGAGAAAAGAUCAUCACCGGCGAAAACCAAAACGAGCAAGAAAGAAGGCAACAGCGAUGAAGAGACAGAGUUCACAACAAAGCUAAUGAAAAUGCUGUCAGAGCUGUCUGAAGAAGACAUGAAGUCUUCGAGUUGGGUUUCAUCCAACACUGACCCAAUCGGUUUCGACAGAGUCGAAGACUUUUGCGUUGAUUUUGGUCAAGAAAUCAUUGACCUCAUCAUGGACCAGUUGGUAGAUGAACUUUGUAUCUGAUCUGACAACCUAGUUCUCUAAUUAAUCAGCCAUAAAAUAUGCCCAUAUAGUCUUGUCUGUUUGAGAAUCCAAGGUGGGGUGGGGUGGUCCAAAGCAAAGCGUAGUAGAAAUAGGAUUCUGAAGGUCGCAGAGCCCACAACUUUGAAUCCUUUGGUUUUCUGUCUGUUUCACUCUCACAUGCAAAUUGUGUUUGUGGUCUCCCUCCUCUACUCUAACCUUACUUCUUUGACUUUCUUUCUUGGUUCCUAUAUAUCCAUGUGUGCUUAAACAGAAAAAGAAAAACAAUUGGGUUUCGUCCGUUGUUAUUA